AUGGGGGCCUCCACAUGCAAGCCCCCAGUGGUUGCUCAUCUCGAGAUGUCUCUGAUUCCCACGUCUGUCCGUUCGCUCUGGCAACAGAGUCGCGCGGCAGUUGGUACUACCACCCAAGCGUUGCCGCCGCUUCUGGUGAUUUUACGCCAACCCUCGGCAGCAAGGUGGCAAUGGCAAGUGUGGCCCGACCAGUACAUAAAGGUACGACCUGCCAAUUGCGACUUUGUCUCGAUUCCACACAUCCUCUCUCGUUGCUGGCCAAAUGCGCACACUCACCACUUUAAACGUCAAAGUGCUGCCCCGUUUUCGUAGACUUCUGUCCGAGCCUGACCUCCGCCUGUAACAGAACACAUAAUAUCUCUCAACCAUGGGCUCAAUGGCGCAAAGGAACAUCAUUAUCACGGGCGCGGGCGGCCUUGUCGGUCCUCUGCUCGCAGAACGACUCCUCAAUGACCCCCGAAACCGCCUCAUCCUCACCGACGUUGUCGAGCCCAUCAUCCCGAAGAAUGUCAAGUACCCAGAGCACGCUGUGCCAGUCAAGUGCGACCUGAGCGACCCGGCCGCGGUCGAUGAAUUGCUGGAGAUUGCGUCGCCACUGUCGGCCAUUUUCAUUUUUCACGGCAUCAUGUCGGCUGGGAGCGAGGCCAAUUUCGAUCUUUCAUACAAGGUUAAUGUGCAAAGCGUCCACGGCCUCUUGCUCGCCCUGCGCCGCACCAACCCAGGCGUUCGUGUCAUCUACUCGAGUUCUCAGGCUGUCUAUGGCCAGCCGCUGCCCAAGGUAAUCACCGACGACGUGACACCUACGCCCGAGGGUACCUACGGUUCCCAUAAGCUUCUCAACGAGAUCUUCAUCAACGACAUGCACCGCAAGGGUUUCAUUGAUGCCUUCAUUCUGCGCUUUCCCACAGUCGUUGUUCGUCCUGGCCUUCCCAGCAAUGCCGCUCCAAGCUUCCUUUCGGGCAUGAUUCGCGAGCCGAUGAAGGGCGAGGAAUGCGUCAUCCCGCUCACCGACCGCUCCUACCGCUCCUACCUCUGCUCCCCAAGCAGCCUUCAGGAAAACCUUGUCCGCGUCCUCAACAUGCCUUCCGAUAAGCUGCCCCCGCACAUCCGCCACAUCAACAUCCCCGGUGUCGCCGGCUCAACCCAGGAGCUGAUGGAUGCUCUCGCCAAGUAUGCCGGCGAGGACAAGCUCAAGCUCCUCCGCGAGGAGACGAAGCCGGAGCUCGAGCGGAUCCUUCGGAGCUGGCCGAUAGAUUUUGACUCGACAACACCAGUGCAAAAGCUGGGUCUCGUCAAGGAUGAGAGAGCGGAAGACCUUGUCAAGGAGUACAUCGAUUCUCUCAACUGUAACAGGGCAUCGUGAGUGGGUUGGACAUCUACGAGUGUAAGAGAAUGCAGAAAACCUGAUGGGGCGGGAGGCUAGACCAAACCAUUGCGUCUCAACUGCCACGGAGAAUUGACAUACAUAUUUCAUUAUUAGAUAGUUUUGCGCGAAUUCGAUACC